AAAACAUGGCGGAGAUUUCUUAUCGUGUUACCGUUUGAUAGCAGAUUUAUUUAAUUUUUUGCCCUGUUUUUUUUCUCCUCCGAUUUGUAGUGAAGAGAUUUAAAAUUGUAAUAUAAGUCCUUUAGUCUGAUGAAGGAAUGGACAACUACGAAAAAAUCAAGAGUAUUGGUCGUGGUGCCUACGGAACUGUAUAUUUGUGCAGACGAAAUUCCGAUGGAUGCCAUGUUAUCAUCAAACAAAUUCCAGUGGAAGAAAUGAGUAAAGAAGAGAGAGUGGCCGCUAAAAACGAAGUUCAAGUGCUUUCCAUGCUGAAACAUCCAAAUAUCAUCGCAUAUCUUGAGAGUUUCGUCGAGGAAAAAGCGCUGAUGAUAGUGAUGGAAUAUGCCCAAGGAGGUACCAUGUACACCUUUCUCGAGGAACGCGAAGGAAAGCUGCUUGACGAAGACGAGAUAAUACGACUUUUCGUACAAAUUGUGUUGGCUCUUUGUCACGUCCACCAACAAAACAUCCUUCAUAGGGAUCUUAAGACUCAAAACAUUUUACUAAACAAGACAAGGAAGGUUGUAAAGAUCGGAGAUUUUGGCAUCUCAAAAAUACUGAGUAGCAAAAGUAAGGCUAAUUCAGUGAUAGGCACGCCAUGUUACAUUUCGCCUGAACUGUGCGAGGGCAAACCAUAUAAUCAAAAAAGCGAUAUUUGGGCUCUUGGAUGUGUUUUAUACGAACUAGCUACGUUAAAGAAAGCGUUCGAGGCGUCCAAUUUACCUGCUUUGGUAAUGAAAAUUAUGAAAGGGAACUUCAUUCCGAUUUCGGAAAGAUACAGUGAAGAUUUCAAGAAUCUUGUUUUAAACAUGCUUCAGGUGGACCCUGCUAAAAGGCCAACUCUGCGGCAAAUCAUGGCACAACCGCUUGUUGUCAACGCUUUGUUUAAUCUACAAACUGAUGUGGGACGAGUUCCAUGUAACAGAGCGCCAAGACCAACGGCAGGAAUAUCAGGUGAACUUAAUUUUUACUCUCAUCUCAGUGUAGAAUCAUAACAACAUGGUAACUUUUUUCUAACACCUUCAUUUAGAGAAGUGGGAAAGUUUUCUGUAUAACUCCAGUAUAACCUCAUACGGAUCAAUAUCAGUAUCUGGGCAACUGCCCACCUACCCCUCCCCUAACUCAACAACAGUCGAUUGAUAACAAAGUUAGGGUUAAUGUUGGGUUAGGGGAGGGGUAGGUGGGCAGUUGACCAGAUACUGAUAUUGAUCCCCCCAUACUAUUCUCAGACAAAGCUUUAGUCGAAAAGGUUAUGUCCUGCUCUCACUAUUAUUUCAUCUAUUCAUUUAAUUAUCUAUUCAUUUAAUUAUCUUUUCAUUUAUUUAUUCAGCACCAUAAACUUUUCAAAGAGUAGUUUUCAAAUAUAAAAAGUGGUUAGGAGACCUCUUGAAGCCAUAGGACUUAGAUUAACCCUUUACACCCUAACAUCAGUAUGUACAUUCUCCUUACUGUUCUCUUUACAUUUCCUAAUGUGCUGGCAAGGAGAAUUUUUUUAACAAUCAAGAGGUUCUUCAGUUGAUUAUCAUUUCCAUUAUUCUCAUGACCUGAAAGUUUGAUUCAGGGAUGAUAUUGAAAGGAGAAAUUAGAUGCUAGUCACUCUUCAGGAUUAAAGUGUCCAGGAAGUCCCCUUAAAGAGACUAUAAAUUAUGAGUUAAUUAUUUUUGUUAGGUGGAAAUACUGAGGAGCAUGACAGAUCCUGACUGGUUGUCAAUUUUGCUGUUGUGGUUUUUUUUGUGUGUGUGUUAUAUUUCAUCAAGGGAUUGUAGGUGAAAAUGAAACUGAAGAGCAUGACAAAUUCUGACUGAUCAUUUUGAUUUUUCAUUUGUUGAUUCUUUUUGUUGUUGUUGUUGUUUUUUUGAGUUUAUUUUAUCAGGGAACUGUAUGCAUAGAAGAAGAAUGGAGUUAUACAGAAUCUUGCCAUUAGUCUUGUCAAGUAAUGACUUUAGAUUCAAGAGAACCAGUCGAGUUUCAAACCCUGUCUCGACUGACUUUGUGUGACUGAUUCCUUAACAAGAAAAUUACAUGCAUAGGUUACCAUAGUUAUUGCAAGGCCUUGUUCUUUCAUGUAUAAAUUGCAGAUAGGUUUGCUGAACCGGUUAUAUGUGUUAUGCAAGUUAAUUAGUACAUUUAGAAUUUUGAAGCAGAAACCAUUCAUGCUGGUCAAUUCUGCAAGGCAGUUGUGCUGGGCAUGUCUGUCUAAAGUACAGAAAAUUAUAUGUAAUGUUUAAAAGCUAUUUUCCUAUUUAUAGCUGUCAUACCUCCAAAAAGUGGACGAUCGUCAACUGGCAGCCGUCCCACAGGCAAUCAAGUCUAUCGCACCAGCUCCACAAACUCAGCAUCUGUAAUUCUUGAAGGACUUCCUGAUUUUAAGCCACGAGAGCCACAGUAUGUGGUGUACCUGUGGGGCGGUGGCAUCAGAUCACCAGCCAAACUGAUGCUUCCACAGCAUGACUCUGAUGUGGUUCAGGUAGCCAUAGGCAGGGCACUGAAAACAGGGGUCUCCAAAAGUGGACGCAUGAUAAUCUGGGAUUCCAAUAAAAAGGCAGUGGAUGUUUCUUCAGAUGGAGCUGAGAAGGGAAGAUUGUUAGAAGAUAUGUGGGUACCAAGGUUCCUGGAGGGGCAGUCUGGAGUGACAAUAGUUGAAGUAUCCUGUGGGGAUUUCUUCGUGGCUUGCUUGACAGGUGAAGUGUUUAAUGACCCUCAGUGUCAGGUCCAAGCUUUUGCUAGUGAUUUCUUGUGUAAUUAGUGUUUAUUUAUUUUGUUCUUUAUCUUUUUUUUAUACCUCCAUGUUAGUGUCUUUUGUCAAGUUUCUUUGCAUUUUUCUUGGUCAGUUACAACCUUUCACAUGUUUCUUACACUGCACGUUUUUUUUGCAGUCCUCUUGUAUUGAAAGCCAGAGUCUUUUACAAAUAGUUACUUUUCAAGUCAGUUUACCUAAAGUUGUGCUUGGCGCAGUUCUCUAUUUUAGAAGUUGAUUUUCCAGCCAUAUAUUAGGGGUUAUCAAUGAAAGUAUUUUUUUAGUUUUGCUUCAUUUUUAUCCAUUUUUGUUGGCAGUCUCUUUAUCUUAAUCAGUUAACUAUUUAUAUUUCUAGUUUCAACCUACCACUACCAUUGCUCUGUAAAAUAAAAGUAUUUCAAGUUGAAAAGAUAAUGCUUUUGCGAUUACACCCAGACCAGAGAGGUGAUUGUGGGAAUUGAUAUCGUGCAGAAACUAAGUCCACCUUACUAAAUGGUGAUUUGUGUUUCAGAAUAAUGUUUUUUUAUACCUACAUGUUCAUGAUCACUUCUUGCACUAAGAGCGAUUAAUUGCUGUUUGGGCUGUUGUAUCUGAAUGGCCCUUCCUUUCAACUUCAUUGAAUUGUCUUUUAAAACCCUUUGACUCCCAAGAUCUGAUUGCCUAUUCUCCCCUAUUGCUGCUAAGCAUGAAAGUUUUUAGUAAUUAUGUAGUAUGGAUACACAAUAGAUUAGACAGGUUCACACGACACCAAUAUUUUUCAAUAUUUUUGGGUGCAGUGCAAAAUGUUUGUUAUUUUAACCCUUUGUUUACUUUGUGUAAAAUACUGUGAGUUAAGUUUUCAGACCUAAGCAGGUUUAAAAACCUGUACUGUUGACCAAAAUUGUAACAACACAUCACACAGUAACACCAAAAUCAAUCAAUUUUGAUUGACUUGUUUUUGUCUCAACACGUCCUCCCUGAUGCAGCGUUAGCGGCUCAGUUAUAAAAGUUCUCUAAUGUCCCUUGUGUUUAUCCUUAGCCAAGUAUUACAUGUGUUAUGUUUAUGACAACAAGAGAAAGAGAUGCUUUUAAGAGAAAAUGGAAUUGUCAUUUUAUGAAGUACUAAUGAAAUCAUGGAUUUGUUUUUAGAUCGUGGAAUCCUCAUGACAUUUGGAAAUGGUAUGCAUGGUGCAUUAGGGCAUGGAAAUCACAAUGAUGUUGGUCAGGCCAAAAUUGUGGAACAGUUAAUUGGAUUUGAAGUUAAGCAGGUAAGAAAUAUUCUACACCCAUCAAAAAUAAACAAACAAAUAACAUGAAAUGCAUAAACAAAGCAUGGUAUUGAAACAAAAUCAUUUCUGGAACAUUUUUAAUGAAAUAUGAGGCCUGUAUGUUAUACUAUCUUCAUGAUGAAAAUUAUUACAAUGUUUCACUUGUCCACCUUUGCAGUGUAGCAGUUGUUUUUGUUUCCUUUGUUUUUCUCCUCUUCAUCAUUUUUCCCCAAGAAUAAUUGACCACAAUUAUGUCUCACUCUAUUUGCCAUGAUAAUUUGCGCCUUGGUGGUACAUGAUGGUACAUCUAUAAGGUUUAUAAAACAUUUAUACACUCGCUCUUUGUGGCCAUUGAUAAACUGACCUGAGUUGCCUCAAAGAUAGUUCGCUUGGAAUUCCAACUCAUUCUUUGACAAAAAUGGUAUUCAACCGCUACAUUAGGUUUCCUUGUAACCAAUAGUGAACUCUUAUGGUGGUUAUCAGUAUUUUAUGUCAAAAUUUUAUUUUGUGUGUACUGUGCUUGUGUGCAAUAACUUUCGGAACCGUACCUUUUUACCACAGAUUUACUCGGUUGUAAAUAUGUUGUCAAAAAGUGCCCCUUAUUAUUACGUCAGCUGUUUGCUAAGUGUUACAUAAUUAAGUAAUCUUCAUACCGUAUAUGUAGGUGUCCUGUGGUGCUUCCCAUGUCAUGGUCGUCACGGCUGACCGAGAACUCUUCUCUUGGGGACGGGGUGACAACGGACGUUUGGGGCUUGGAAACCAGCAGUCGUUCUCUCUCCCUCAACCUGUCAGUCUUGAACCUGGUUUCACUGCCAAACAGGUCAAAUGCGGCGUAGACUGCUCUUUUGUGCUGACAUUGAACAACAGGCUGUUAGCUUGCGGUAGUAACAGAUGCAACAAGCUAGCGCUAGACACUGAAGACCAAUCCGUGGACGAGUCACAUAUACUGAGACCCAUCACUUCCCUGCCUGUGAUGGCCGAGCCUGUCAAGGCUGUCACCAUGGGAACGUCACACACUGCGGUGCUAACGGACAGCGGUAAAUGCCUGACAUUCGGUUCCAAUUCAUUUGGCCAGCUCGGUUAUGAACGCGAGGGAAGUUGCCGAGAGCCUAGAGUAGUUAAAGCUUUGGAAAACAAGAAGCUUACGUUUGUUUCUUGCGGAGACACUUUUACAGUUGCAGUAAGCAGUGAUGGAGAAGUGUUUUCGUGGGGGAAGGGUGCUAGAGGGCGGCUGGGAUUGCAGACGGACGAAGACUGUGCCACACCCAUGACUGUUACUUUAUCAACGAAACUGAAAGUCUUGUCUGUGUCGUGUAGCCACAGUACUACCUUGAUGUGCGGGCAGGUGCUUUGAGUAACAAAGCCCUUCUGAUAGCUUGAUUUCGGUGAGGCUCAUUACUCGCUCUUUUCCAAUUCCAUGCAGCCUAACUAGUAAGGUUUCGAUUUCGACACCUUGGUUACCUUUACUUGAGUUGAACUCACACUCGCACUGGGCUUAAUAUACACCUGCAUGAGUACUAUGUUAAGCUGAGACAACUACUACUAUACGUACUAUGUUACGCAAAGAGACAACCUCACAAAUACUUGAGACAUGUAUUUUUCAAAGUUAUUCAAAGGAGACUACACACUAGUUCGGUAAAUCAGGAAGGAAUGCAAAUAACUGUAGACUAGAAAUAUAAUUAAAUAUUAUUAUUAAUUAUAAGAACGCAACGCAAAUGAUGAAGUUGAAAAACUCUGCCCCCUCUCUUUGCUUGUAAUCCCUGAAAUGUGAAAACUACAACGUUGCUCUUUGUAAGUUCGAACUUUUUUUCAUUUUGGUGGUAGGAAGAACAGGUUAUAUGUACAAUUUUCAAAGAGUACUCGUAGCUACGUGCAAGAUUAUGUGUUCAAACCUUUUUUCUCCGAUGGAAUUUAGGCC